CUUGAUCAUCCCAUCUGUUGAGCACCAUCCACGUGGCAUUGCACAGUUAACUGCUUAUCUAGUCUCCUACAGUCUAUUCCAAGUUUCCUUGACAUCAAGAGACUAAAAUCAUUACCCACUAGCAAGGGCCAACCUUUCAAGUUAAACCAGCUAUAACUAAACAUGGAGACUGGAAUAGCUUGCUGUGCUCGUGGGGCGUUGUUGCCUGGUAUUUCUUCUCAGCACUCUAAAGCUCUAGCUUCUCCAUCCUCCUUCACCGCCAGGAAUCUGAAAUCAAGUUCACUGUUUGGGGAAUCAUUGCGGUUGGUACCAAGAUCAUCCCUCCAAGUUUUAAAUACAAAGAACGCUUUGCUUGUGACCAAAUGUGAGAUUGGUGACAGCUUGGAAGAGUUCCUGACAAAGGCAACCCCAGAUAAGGGACUUGUUAGGUUGUUGAUGUGCAUGGGAGAGGCAUUAAGGACUAUUGCAUUCAAGGUCAGGACAGCUUCUUGUGGAGGAACAGCAUGUGUCAAUUCCUUUGGAGAUGAGCAGCUCGCUGUUGAUAUGCUUGCCAACAAGCUUCUUUUCGAGGCCUUGACUUACUCUCACUUUUGCAAAUAUGCUUGCUCUGAAGAAGUUCCUGAACUGCAAGACAUGGGAGGCCCAGCUGAAGGUGGAUUUAGUGUUGCUUUUGAUCCACUUGAUGGUUCGAGUAUUGUGGACACAAAUUUCUCUGUGGGCACCAUCUUUGGAGUGUGGCCAGGAGAUAAAUUAAUUGGAGUAAAAGGAAGAGAUCAAGUUGCAGCAGCAAUGGGGAUUUAUGGUCCAAGAACUACAUAUGUUCUUGCUCUUAAAGACUACCCUGGAACCCACGAGUUCCUUCUUCUAGACGAAGGAAAAUGGCAACAUGUGAAGGAGACAACAGAAGUUGGUGAAGGAAAACUAUUCUCCCCUGGAAAUUUGAGAGCCACAUUUGACAACCCUGACUAUGACAAGUUGAUCAGCUACUAUGUGAAAGAAAAAUACACCUUGAGAUACACAGGAGGAAUGGUGCCAGAUGUUAAUCAGAUCAUUGUAAAAGAGAAGGGUGUCUUCACAAAUGUGACAUCACCAUCUUCCAAAGCCAAGUUGAGAUUGUUAUUUGAGGUAGCUCCUUUGGGAUUAUUGGUUGAGAAGGCUGGAGGAUACAGUAGUGAUGGUUAUCAGUCUGUGCUAGACAAGGAGAUCAAAAAUCUCGACGAUAGAACUCAAGUUGCUUAUGGAUCCAAGAAUGAGAUCAUCCGGUUUGAAGAAACUCUAUAUGGGAAAUCAAGACUCAAGGCUGGUGGAGUUCCUGUUGGAGCUACUGCUUAAAGUGAAAGUGCUAGCUUCCCAGUUCUCAUGUCUUUCCUUUUACGAGUUUGUAAGAUAGCGCCUGAAACAUUCAUUUAUUGGAGACUUAGAAUUAACAGGUUGAACUUGUGUUGAAAUUAGAAGGCAAGCAGGAAUGCAUAUUUUGCUCUCUGGUAUGUGUGAUUGAAGUAUGUAGAAUUGGAACUUAAGGGAAGUACAUCCUGUUACAUCUUAA